AUGGCCGUGUUCUCUCGCAUGUCUUCUCUCGCCGUGGCCCUCACUCUUGCGGCGUGCGCGUCCGCGGCCCUCCAUCAGGAAGUCACGCAGGCCCUCCUGAACCGGCAAUUUGACUAUAUCGUUGUUGGUGCGGGGGCGGCGGGCGCCGUGUUGGCGAGUCGCCUUUCGGAAGACCCGCGCAAGACCGUACUUCUGAUCGAAGCUGGUUCCAGUGACUACGAAAACAUCAAGAUCGAAGUGCCUCAGUACGGUUUCCAGCUCUCAAACACUGUAUUUGAUUGGAACUUUACAACAGUCCCCCAACCCGGUCUAAACGGUCGCGCUCUUGAUUACCCUCGCGGCCAUGUUCUUGGAGGUUCGACGUCCAUAAAUCUCAUGGACUACUGUCGUGGAUCCAGAGACGACUACGAUCGAUGGGCGAACGUCACCGCAGAUAAUGGAUGGACUUGGGACGCGUUAUACAAGCACAUGCUCAACCUUGACGUAGUCACUCCCCCUGUCGAUGGCCACAACUACAGCUACCAGUUCGACCCAGCCGUGCAUGGGACAAGCGGUCCGCUGAAGAUUAGCCUUCCUCAGUAUCUUCUGCCAAUCGACUCUAUCGGUAUCGACGCAUCCGCGGAGCUGUCUACAGAGUUCCCAUUCAAUCAGGACUUUAACUCUGGCGAUACCAUAGGUAUCUCGUGGGUGCAGUCUACUAUCUACGAGGGCGCGCGUUUCAGCUCGGCUUCGGCCUUCAUCGCACCUGCACUCAAACGCUCGAAUCUCGAGGUUGUCGUGAAUACGUUGGUUACGAAGCUCAUUCCUACAAACACGACGACAAGUACGCCUGACAUCCGCACUGUCGAGCUCCUGAAUUCGAAGACCAACCAGACUUUCGAGGUGACGGCCGAGACGGAGCUCAUCCUGUCCGCGGGUGCCGUCAAGUCUCCGCAUCUCCUCCUUCUUGCGGGAAUUGGCGACGCGUCUUACCUGUCAUCCGUCGGUGUCACUCCUCUCGUCGACCUUCCGGAUGUCGGCCAGAACCUGCAGGAUCACGUCUUUCUGCCUGUGUCCUGGUCUGUGGCAUCGAAUGACACGCUGGACAACGUUCGGUACAACUCCACCUACGCCGCUGAGCUCUUCGAACAAUGGAACACCACCCGUACUGGCCCGCUCGCGGAUGGCCCGGCCAACGUGUUCGGCUGGUUCCGUGUUGCCGACGACGCCAACCUCUUCUCGACCACGGCCGAUCCAAGUGCUGGUCCGACGAGCGCGCACUUUGAGUUUAUCCUAUCGGACGAAUUCGUGAGCAAAGUCCAGUCGUCCCCGACAGAAGGUCACUAUUUCACCAUCAUCGUCAACCUGAUCUCACCCGCAUCUCGCGGAAACAUCACCCUUGCCUCACUCGACCCGCUCGACGCGCCGGUGAUCAACCCGAACUUGCUAAGCGAGUCAGUUGACACCGAGAUCUUGCGCGAGGGUAUCAAGGCAGCGAGGCGCUUUGUCACUGCUCCAUCAUUCGCAAACUACAUUGUUGCCGAGUACGGGGACUUCGCGGCUGCCCAGACUGACGAAGAGCUGGAAGCCUUUGCUCAUGCGAACGGCGAUACGGUUGAUCACGUCGUUGCGACUGUCCCUAUGGGCCGUGCAGGAUGCAUGGAUGCCGGGUGCGGCGCGCUUAACCCCGAUCUGACCGUCAAGGGCACGACGGGCUUGCGUGUCGUGGACGCAUCGGCUUUCCCAUACAUCAUCUCUGGUCAUACACAGGCUGCUGUAUACAUCCUCGCUGAGCGCGCGGCAGACCUCAUCAUCUCCGCAAACCAAUAA